GCUCCUUCCCCCUCCCCCCCCCCUGCCCUGCAGCCCUGGUGUCCGACCCCGCCCAGUCGGGCUCGGUGCUCUCCGCAGUGGGGGUGCUGGCGGCGGUGGUGGCGGUGCACGAGGCGGGGCACUUCGCAGCGGCACGACUGCAGGGCAUCCGGGUGACGCGGUUUGCCAUCGGGUUUGGGCCCACGCUGCUGAAGUACAAGGGCCCCGAGGUGGAGUACUGCCUCAACGCCAUACCCCUGGGCGGCUACGUGGCCUUCCCGGAUGAUGACAUGCCGCCCUCACCACCUGCCGCCUCCUCCUCAGCUGCUACCAAGGCAUCCGCAUCAGACAAGGCCGCCGCCGUCGCCAGCAGCAGCAGCAGCAGUAGUGGGGGCGCUUCCUCCUCCUCCGUGAAGCCGCCUGCGGGCGUCACCAAGCCACCCACCAAACCCGCUCCUCCUACCUCCUCCUCUUCUUCCUCCUCCAAGCUAGCGUCCUUCUUCAAGUCCCUUUCCUCCUCCUCCUCCUCAUCCAGUAAAUCCGUCUCCUCAUCUUCCUCCCCUGCUGCCUCCUCCCCCUCUCCCUCUCCCUCCUCCCCCUCCUUUUCCUCCGACGACCCCGACCUGCUGAAGAACCGACCCCUGGGUCAGCGCGCGCUGGUGAUCAGUGCGGGUGUGGCGGCCAACAUGGUGUUCGCAUAUCUGGUGCUGCUGGCACAGAUCGCCACGGUAGGCAAGGCCGAGACCGCCUUCCUGCCGGGUGUGCGAGUGGACAUCACCACCCCAGCAGCCGCCCUCUCCGCCUCCUCCUCCUUCUCCUCGCUGCCCGCGGGUGCACGUGCGGGGCUGCGCAGCGGGGACGUGCUGCUGGCCGUGGGGGACCUGCAGCUGCCCGCGGGGCCAUCGCAGGUGUCCGACUCGGUUGCCGCCAUCCGCGCAUCUCCACCCGGCCAGGAGAUCACCCUCACCGUGCUGCGACCCGCGCCAGCCGGAGGGGGAGCUGAGCAGGGGGUAUCCGCAGCAGCAUCCGCAUCCGCAGACACGCAACCCACAUCAUCAACGGCAGCAGCCCCGCCCUCAUCGUCUCCGUCCCUAUCUCCUUCACCACCACCACGAGCAGCAGCAAGCCGGCAAACCGGAGACCCAGCAGCAGCAGCAGACAGCGAGGCGCUGCUUCUGCCGGGCGGGGAGGUGCUGGAGCUGCGCUGCGUGCCCGACCGCGGCCCCGACGGCGCGGGGCGGCUGGGCGUGCAGCUGAGCGCCAACACAGUGGUGCUGCACAGCCGGCCAGCCGGGGUGGGGGGGCUGCUGGACAUGACGGGAGGGGAGUUCGCGAGGUUGUGUGGCACGGUGUGGGGCGGGCUGCGGCAGCUGCUCACCAACUUCGCCGCCACCAGCAGCCAGCUGAGCGGACCCGUGGCCAUCGUGGCAUCCGGCUCGCAGGUCCUCCGCGCCGACGCCGCCGGUCUCUUCCAGUUCGCCGCCAUCGUGAACAUCAACCUGGCGCUGGUGAACGCGCUGCCGCUGCCCGCACUGGACGGCGGCUACCUGCUGCUGCUGGGGCUGGAGGGGCUGCGGGGCGGCAGGAAGCUGCCGGCGGCGCUGGAGCAGGGGUUCAUGGCGUCGGGGUUCCUGCUGCUGACGGCGCUGGGACUGGGGCUGGUGGUGCGGGACACGCUGAACCUGCUGUGAGGAUGGGGGGGAGGAGGGUUAGGAAAGGCGACCGUGGGUGCUGAGUGUUGAGUCAUACCGGGUCAUACCGCGAAGCGAAGCAAGUGUGCAUGUGUGUUCCUGAGGGGUAGUGACGGAGAAGAUCAAACAUCCGCAAAAUAGUCACAAUGUUGCAAUCUUGAAGAGUCCGAGAAGAGAGAAGACAGUUGGAGGGGGGCUAUCUCUGCCUUUGUAGCGGAAAGAUUCGUAGAAGAGAUGCCAAGCAGGACAGCUCAGGGUACGACAUGGCAGUUGAGGAAGCAUGCACGGUGUGCGCGUCGC